UGUCUGUGUGGCCGUGCUGUAUUUUCAGCUUGUCAUCAUGGCUGGGACAGUACUGCUUGCCUACUACUUCGAAUGCACCGACACUUUUCAGGUGCAUAUCCAAGGAUUCUUCUGUCAAGAUGGAGACUUAAUGAAGCCUUACCCGGGGACCGAGGAAGAAAGCUUCAUCACCCCUCUGGUGCUCUAUUGUGUGCUGGCUGCCACCCCAACUGCUAUUAUUUUCAUUGGUGAGAUAUCCAUGUAUUUCAUAAAGUCAACCAGAGAAUCCCUGAUUGCCCAGGAGAAAACGAUUUUGACCGGAGAAUGCUGUUACCUGAACCCCUUACUCCGAAGGAUCAUAAGGUUUAUAGGGGUGUUUGCAUUUGGACUUUUUGCUACUGACAUCUUUGUAAAUGCCGGGCAAGUGGUCACUGGACACCUAACGCCGUACUUCCUGACAGUGUGCAAACCAAACUACACCAGCACAGACUGCCGAGCACACCACCAGUUCAUAAACAAUGGGAACAUUUGCACGGGAGACCUGGAAGUGAUAGAGAAGGCUCGGAGAUCCUUUCCCUCCAAACACGCGGCUCUGAGCAUUUACUCUGCCUUAUAUGCCACGAUGUACAUCACAAGCACAAUCAAAACAAAGAGCAGUCGACUGGCCAAACCGGUGCUGUGCCUUGGGACCCUCUGUACAGCCUUCCUGACAGGACUCAACCGGGUUUCUGAGUAUCGGAACCACUGCUCCGACGUGAUCGCAGGCUUCAUUCUGGGCACUGCUGUGGCCCUGUUCCUGGGAAUGUGUGUGGUCCAUAACUUUAAAGGAACGCAAGGAUCUCCUUCCAAACCCAAACCCGAGGAUCCCCGUGGAGUACCCCUAAUGGCUUUCCCAAGGAUAGAAAGCCCUCUGGAAACCUUAAGUGCACAGGUAUAGUAAAGUCAUUAGCAAACCAAACCCACAGGCUCAUACCUGUAGCCUCAGGUGGUCAACAAAUCUGUUCCUUUACUGAAGGCAAGACGUCACUGAGCCCACCCAGUAUGAAUACAAAUAUGAUCCCUCAAGAAAGGUGUCAUCACAGCUUUCCUCAGUCAGUCCUUUGUUCAUUGUGGGGUUGGUAAUCAAAUCCUCAGG